AUGCAGAAACCAAUUACCUCCAUUUUCUGGCCCACAGAUCUUCUCAAACCAAAACCCCUCGACAACUUGGUUGUUGUCGGUUACAAAGUGGACGAGAAGGUGGUGGUGAUCGAUUUUGUUCAGUACUCAAAAUUCAGAAAACUCAAUCUCAAGUCCAACAAGCCAAACCUGUGUUUGGAAAUCAUUGGCACUGUCAACUUCCACCACAUGAACUAUCGAAUGUUCAAGUUUGACACAAAGUUUGGAAAACCCGUCAUGGAACAAAACGAGAACCUGAUUUUGUUCAAGCCGCCGUUGUCGAGGAAACUCGAAUACUACUCGAUAAAACACAUUGCCGUGAACAUCUUUUGGACUGAGCCUGUUCUUGACACAAUUCCCGACCCAGAAAACACGUGCACGCGUCUAUGUUUGCAUUUCGACAGUCGACCAAAACUCACAAACCUCAAGGAAGUGAUAAAGUUCAUCAAUCUUACCGAGUACUCAAGAUAUAAACUACUACACUCAGGCAGCAACAGUAGACCUCUAUAUUCAAAAUUGCUAGGUUCACUGCUCAAUUGGAUAGGUUCUGUGGUGCUCGCAACAUACCAGACCACCAUAGUGCCCUUGUGUGGUCUCCUAAUAUUCAUCCUCAACUACCCAUUAUGGCAGCAUUCAGACCCAGAAAGAACCAUCACUCUUAGCUCCUCGAGCUUUUUGUUCCACCAACUUAAUUUUCGGCUCAAACAGUUUCAAUAUCUCCCGUGUCAGUUUCUCAAGCUGCGAAAUUCGAUGCUCGAAACAGAAGACCUCAUUAUCAAGGGAACGAAAUUCUCGCCUGGAGCAUAUAUCAAACUCUACAACACGCUGUGGCUAAUUUUAAACGAUCUGCUACUUGGAAUAAUAACGUCAACUUUACUAUCCAAAUACCACGACCAACUGCAUAUUGGAAUCAACAGCACAAUCAUUGGAUUUGAAAGCUUUCUGGUCAAUUUGAUCCAUUGGUUGAUGAACUCUCCAGCAGGUUUCAAACUGAAUAACGAACUCGCAGAGUUUUUUGGUGAACUAAUCAUGUGGGUGCUUGACUUUUGGAACGAGUUUGUGCUCCAAUACUUUACCAGAAACUCUUCAACUGUUCUGAAGCUUGUCACAGUGCUCACCAGAUUUGGAGGGUUCAAUCUUCUGAUUGCCACAAUCCUUGAUUGUUUGAGCAUAGUCACUUUCCACCUGCAUUGUUUCUACUUCUCGUCUACAAGAGUCUUCAAUUGGCAAUCGCAUAUCUUACGCUCUUUGUUCAGACUGUUCUACGGCAAGAAAUACAACAUCCUCAGAAAUAGAAUAGACUCCAACAAUUACGAAUUUGACCAGCUUCUUUUCGGGAUCAUCAUAUUCACCCUGUUGGUGUAUCUGCUACCAACCGUGGUUGCGUUCUAUUUAAGUUUUGUUUCCGGAAGAAUAGUCGGGAUGUUGAUCACCACGGCUCUGGAGUUUGUGCUUGUCACGCUCAAUCACCUUCCGAUAGUGGCUCUUUUGCUCAAAGCAAAGCAUAAAGAACGACUUCCGGGGGGGAUUGUCUUCGAAUACGAAUCCAACGGAAGCGAUGCAUUCUGCUUCAAACUAAUGGCCAGACCUUUGAGCCUGAAGGAGAUAUUCAACAGUCAUAUCAAGUCGAUGCUGAACUUCAACCUAAUUAAUUUACAAGAGUCCCAAGGAUACCGUACCAAGCUGGGUCUUGCAGACGUUCUGGAUCAAUGGGGUCGCGUGUCUCCUAUCAAAAUUGCACGCAAAAUCGUCUUGGGAGAGGUUUUUGGAAGCUUUGACUACAAAAAACUGUUCUAA